GGUUACAUUUCUGCAUCUUUUUUAUUGUCACACUUUGUUACUGAAUUCUACUGUGUGUGUGUUAUUUCCACACUUAAUGCUGUCUUGUAUUGUUUUUUUUUUGUUGUACAACAAAAAGAGGAAAAAUGAAGGGCAGAAAAGGUGACAAUGUUGAAAUAAAGUGCCUUUUGGGGGUGGGCAGUAAUGUCAAAAGCAGAAGCAGCAAAUUUCCUGCCUUUCGAAAUCACAAACAGUCUCCAAGACGUCAGCGAUGGAUGCGGACGUAAUGACCACGCCGGCGCCGGGCGGCGGGCCGGGCGUCGGCGGCGGGUGCCCGCCGGUGGGCAUCCAGCUGGAGGGCGCGAUCCUCCCCCCGGUGCUGACCGUGGACGUGGUCCUGGGCCUGCUGGGCAACACGGUGGCUCUGUGGAUCUUCUGCUUCCGGAUCAAGUCGUGGAACGCCAACAUCGUGUUCCUGUUCAACCUGGUUCUGGCCGACUUCCUGGCGCUGGUCAGCCUCCCGCUGCGCAUCGACGCGCUUCUGCGGGGCCACUGGGUGUUCGGCGACGUCGUGUGCCGCCUCAACCUCUUCCUGAUGUUCACCAACCGCACCGCCAGCAUCGCGCUCAUGACCGUCGUCGCCUUCUACCGAUACUUCAAGGCAUCAUCAUCCUGGUGGCGAUGCACCGGGUCCUGACGGUGGUGGAGUUCUUCAUCGCGCUGGCUUUGCUUCUCUUCUGCUCGGUGCGGAUUUCCUGCUUUCUGAAGCGGCGGCAGAUGGGCAAAGCCGACAAGGUGCGCAAGGCCAUGCGGGUGUGCGGGGCCAUCGUGGCUAUCUUCCUGGUGUGCUUCCUGCCCACCACCGUCACCACGCUGGGGCUGUGGCUGAGCCGCUCGCUGCGGCCGGGGGACUGCGCCGCCUUCUACGCGCUCACCCAGCUCACCAUCGUGUCCUUGGGGCUCAACUUCCUCAACUCCGCCCUGGACCCCAUCGUCUACGUCUUCUCCAGCUCCGUCUUCAGGAAGGAGCUCUCGGCGGCCGUCCCCCGGAGACUGCGAUGCCAGCGGCGAGAGGACGGCGAGCGGUCCGCGUCCGCGUCCACGUCGCAGUCCACCGGCCAGAUGGAGCUCGAGAAUACUUCGACAGCAACGCCUCCAAACGAGAGAUCAGAGUGGAGAGCCUCCUCAUCAGCAUCAGCAUCAUCAUCAUUCUCACUCGCAAGCUCGUAAUCAUGCGCUCCCAGCUGCUUUGCAUCAAGACAAAGGCAAAUUGCAUCAAGAUGUCAGUUUUGGAGUGCACCUUCUUCAGCUGAUAGAAUGAAACAUCGUCACCGUGGCAACCUGACUGGACCGCCAGAUGAAGGGGAGCCAUUUUUGCUCUCAAAUUCUGUCGUACUCGUUUGUACGUUGGUCAAAAUAUCAGGAGCACCUGACAGUCCGGCAUAAAACUACGCCAAAUUUGUGGCACUAUACAAAUUGUUCUGAAAUAUUAAAUUCAACUGUCUCAUACUUUACCGUUCAAUACAACUGAACUGUUCUGUUCUUUGUUUUUUUUUUAGUUUAAGCCACUAAAAUGGAGAGCUUGAACAUUUAAGAGUGAUUCUUGCCAUAACACUACACAACUGUCAUAGGGAAGUAAAAGUUAUUGAAUACAUGUCCAAGACAUACAGAUUUUAAAAUCCACUCUGACUCACAGGAAGAUGAGUGCUUUUAGGCCUGAUGUGGUCCAGUUUGCUGGUACCAAGAAGAACUGGAGCAGCAUUUUAUCUGGCCCAUUUUAAUUUUCCUCUCUAGCAGCCGAGUGUUGCGCAAAGCCUUGACAUCCUCGCGUUAGCGACACUUUCCCGCUGAAGGGCCAAAUCGGGGCCGGCGCCGCCGGUAGCGGAAAGCACAAGUGGUCCACUCUGACUUUCGUGUAGCCUCUCCAGCAAUCAGCGGCGCCAUCAGCAGACGGCGAGGAUGCAAAGCUCAUCUGGGGAGAUGACACUCUUCAGACGUGUGGGAGAGACGCAUCAUAACGGUUUAGGACUCGCCCGCACGCCAAAGAGGUUCGUCAACAAAACUCCACCUGCGGCAGCAAACGCCUCACUGCUGUCCAAUCGCCUGGCAGGGUCCGCAGAGCGACUGAAACAGCAGUUGAGGACAAAAAGACUGGAUGCCAAGGCGGCCGGUUGCGGGCAUGCAUGCUUGAGGGGGAGCGCAGAAAUGCUAAGGGAGCACCGUGUGAUAGCAUGUGCCAUGCAUGUGCGUUUCAGGGUCGUGUGUCGAUAACCCUGUGCCAGCUAUGGUAGGCAAAAACUUUUGGUCUGGAGAAUACCGUGCAGCCACUCCC